GAUGAGAUUUGAGGGCACUAUGGUGUUGAACGCUAAACUGUAGUCAAUGAGCUGUAGUCAAUGAAUAACAUUCUCACAUAAGUGUUCCUUUUGUCCAGUUGGGAAAGGGCAGUGUGGAGUGCAAUAGAGAUUGCAUCAUCUGUGGAUCUGUUUGGGCGGUAUGCAAAUUGGAGUGGGUCUAGGGUUUCUGGGAUAAUGGUGUUGAUGGGAUGUGUGCAAGAGCGCAGAAUAACUGAAGAAUUUACAACCGUGCAACACUCUUGUUGGAUAUGACCUAGUUUCAGUAAACGUAGGCAAAAAAAACGUAAUUAAAUUGUUGCCAGCAGCACAGUUACAGUCACCAACGUUCAAGAGAACACGAAAACAGCUUUAACCAGCUCUGAUAGGGCGAGUAAAAUGGUCAGAGAGAGGUGGUCUCUCAUUUGUUUCUGGAAGUAGCUAGCAAGCUAGACAACUUUGGUCAGUUAGCUUGGGUGCUUGAUUGCCAGUUGUGAGGUCAGAACACUUGGAUCAACCGUAAUCCUCGGCCAGAGCGUCCAGUGUGCGCUCUGAACUCUCCGAGAGCCGAAACACUGAAUCUACGAACGGACAAUCUGACAACACUCUGAAUUUACUAACGCCUAGAGCGCUCUCUGGGCACGCUCUGGCACUCCUGUGUGAAUUACGAACACACCCAUACUUCCAAAUGUCUUAGAAAGUUGCUGAAUUACCCUAAAUAUAAUUUGAACCAAGGUCUGUUUCAGAAAAGAUGCGGUAUUUAUGAUUAACAGAGGGGUCAGUGACUGUGCAAGGGGGACGGCAAUGUUUGCCAAUACACGCUUCCUUCUGGAUGUAACGUUAAAAAAUAAGUAUUUCUUAGCAUAGCCUGACUGUUAUUUCCUCAUUGUUCGUAAAAAAAAUACAUGUCAAACGAGUACACAUUGUCUGAGGCAGCUGGAAAGGUGGAGCUGUACUAAACUACCCACUCACUCACUCACUCAAUGCACAACUUGAUACGCAUGGAACAAUUAUUAAUGAGUCAUUUUUUUUUACCGUUCUUAUUGGGAACAGACAAAACAACAUAGCACUGGAACUUAUGAUGUAGGCUACGUUUCCGUUUUCUUGGAUUUAAUUUCUUUCAUUUUAAUAUGCAAGUAAGGCUAAACGUAUUGAGUGUGGUCUGUCGUUCUGCUGUUUUUUUGCGCAUUUGCGUUUUUUUGUCCCAAGGCCAAAGUUGUUCAAGCAUCAUUGGAUACGCCGUGACUUUUUACACGUGCCUCUGUUGUGAGUAAGCUAGUGGUCACCCUUCAUGAUGAUGAGUCGCGGGAAUGGACCUGCACUUGCUGUGCUCCUGUUGUGCCUGCUGCAGCUCCUGUGCGCCUCGGAGGAGAUAACACGCGCCAGACUAACUGUCACCGAGAUUCAAUACCAAAAUGGUUCCAACUGGAACCCUGAGAGUCUUCCUCAGCUGAGUCUGUCCACUCUCGGGUUCUCUCCAUCACAAGGCUCCUGUUUUGCCUGUGUCCAUGUACGUGUCAGAAUGAAAGCGGCAGACUUCACUGGGACACUGACCAUUAAAUACCUGGAGCUGUCAACUACAACUCGCAGAACCAUCUCGAUAAAAAAGGGAGUCAAUAAUGAGACUUUACAGUGGAGUGACCCGUUUCGAUCCAUCAUAGUAGGAAAGACCAACAUUAAGCGCUUACAUCCCCAUGACAUUGGCCACAUGAUUGUGUGGGAGUUGGUGUAUGACUGUUUCCCUGCUGACGCAGGGCGAGAGGUGCAUGUGUCUUUGUCCUCUAAACCACAGAGACAGCACAGGUACAUCGUACAGAAGGACAUCUGUCCAGGUGAUGCAGAUUCAGAUCCAGUACCAGAGUUUGAUCUGUCUGUGGAUGAGCUGGCUCGAUCCCUCAAUGUAACAGUAGCAACUGGAGACCACAUAUACCAACCGGCUCUCUCAUCUGAUGUAUACACCAGGUUGUGCUACAGACACACAGAUGCAGAAUGCUCCAACCUUUCUGCUCUUUCUACUAUUGACACCAAUCAGAAUCGGUCAGUGACUCUCAGUUUCCCCUACCUGCUACCCUGUGUCUGUGUACAGGUUUAUUACACACACCUAGACGCAAGGCGAACCACAGUUUGCCCGUUUGUGAAUGGCUCAUUAGAUGGGGGCAGAGACGUGUGGCGCUCCAGUAAUGUGACUCUGUAUGGUGAGUUGGGUUCAAGCAUAGCCUGGAGUGCCCUGUGUCCUGCUGCUUACCUGAAGCCCUCUGCCUCCCUCUGCUGGCGACACCAGAGAAACACACCACAAUGCACUCCCAUCCUAAACUCCACAGUGGAGGACAUGGAGGAGAAGGGAGAUCUGAAAUAUAAUGUUUCUGCUGUGGAUAAACACCCUCAGAUGUGUGUGCAGUUUUCCUUCAGAGACAGCCAUGAUGUCCACUGUCCAUUCCAACCAGGUAUGUCUAAGUGGGAGGCAUAUGUUGGUCCUGGUUCACAAAGUCUCUGUGUCUAUCUCACCUCCACUAUCCCAGCAUCCUUUGCUGCACAACUCUGUGUCUGGCAGGAGAAAGGAUGUGUGUCCAGAGGAGCUAUCUACUUAGUAAACAUGGGUGGGGGCACCAGAGAAACACAGCUGAACCUGCCCUUAUCAUCCCUGACUGAGGGUCUAUGUGUGCAGGUCUGGCGGUCAGAUCCUGCACAGUAUGGGAGGAGACUACUGUGUCCUGACUAUUCCCACAGGAGAUGGGGUCUCUAUGCUGUUGCAGUCUUGACACUUGUGGUUACUGUGGCAAUGCUGGGAAGCCUCAUCUGCUAUGUGACCAAGAAGGGAGUCACAGGUUGGCUAUUCAUCCAGAGGCCUGUGUUGUUGGUGUGUUCAUCAGAGCAGUCAGCCCAUGUGUCUGCCGUGUGUGCUUUGGCUUCCUUCCUACAGGGGGAGUUGUGUGCUGAAGUGCGCAUGGCUCUGUGGACCCAGAGCUCCAUUGGGGCUUGUCCUGGGGCUGUGGAGAGGUCUUGGGCUGGGGUGGCUGAGCUGGGCCCUGUGCCCUGGCUGUAUGGACAGUGGGAGGCAGUCAGAGAGGCAGGAGGCCAGGUGCUGAUCGUAUGGAGCGCAGUGGCUAAGGAAUCCUACAAGAACUGGAGAGAAGAGAGGGAGGGAGGGGAUAGGAGGGAGGGGGAAAAGACAGGAGGGAGUAAAGGAGAGGAGAUGCAACAAGGAGAAAGGGGAGGAGAAAAAAUGGAAGAACUUGAGAAAACAAGAGUGGAACAGGAGCAAGCAGGAUUGAAGAAAGGAGAGGAAUGGAAAGAGGAGAGUAGGAGCAGAGAGGAGAGAGAGCCCUCCUCAGUGACAGGGCCAGUGUUCAGGGCUGCCCUGUCCUGUCUGCAGGGGGCACGACAGGGGGCAAGCAGGGUCAACGGCUUCACCAUUGUCUACUUCCAGGGCCUCUGUCACAGUCGAGACAUCCCCAAGGAUCUCAGAGGAGUCCCACGCUACUGCCUGCCUCGGGACUUCGGAGGCCUGAUACGUGAGCUGGAUGGGACCGCUAGAGGGAGGAACAGUGUGAUUGACAGCUGGGCCUGUUGGCCCAGACUCCUUUCCAAAACACUGUCACUUUGGUUGGCACGACGAAUAACUCACAGGCUCAGAGUGUGGUUGUCACAGGAAGAGGAGGGGCUAAAACCGAAAUCAUCACAGGAAGUGAUAUCAGAGAGGACACUGAACAGGCAUGUGUUGUCGCUGUCAAUUAAUGAGGAAAGGACAGAGCCAAGCACUUUGCAGCAGAAGGAGUUGCUUAGCGUGUCACCAUGGCAAUGAAGCAGGGCAUCUCAGGUUUCACCUUUAUACAGGAGCCAGACUUUUGUCUUGACUGUAACAUGAGGCAGAGCACAUGGGUGGUGUAGUGACACAAACAGUGGAGCAGAGACACUGAGCAUUUCAUAGGGCUUAUUACCACAGUCAAAGGGGGUAUUGAUAAAAUUACUAAGAGAACCUACCACUUUAUUUGCCUGUGGUGAAGAGUAGGUAAAUAUUCUCCUCUGGGCUACAUCCCACAUAUGUCCACAGUUUAUGCUUUUUAUGCUGAGUGUACAGUUUGAACCUGAAGCUACAGUUCUUUAAUAUUAUACUACUGCUAGUAAGCCCCUUCAGAUUGGCAGUGAACAAAUAUUAUUCAAAUAUCACCAACGACUCACAUUCCAUUCUCCCACCAAGUCAGUGAAGCCACGGGCUCCAACGGUAGACUGUAUGCAAAGCAUCUGGAGUCUUAUACCAUAACACAGAUGUUUUCCAGCCACACUUUUCAGUAGUAGGUUGUGUUUGGAAAUAAGCAGUUAACAGAGACAGAGCGGUUUUCCUUCAAGUUUAAAGGGGCAAUAUGUCAUUACUAUAGAUUAAUUAUAUAUACCCAUUUAUUCUUGAAGAAUAUAACCUAAUAAGGCCUCAUUGAGCUGAUGGCAUACCCCAUCAGAAACCAAAAUAAUAUUUUGCUUGUUUUACUGCACUUUUUCGAAACAAGGUUAUUGUAAACAUCCACUGCAUAACCCCGAGCCUCAAAACAUGCUUAAAAGGAUCAUUGUGAUGUCAUGGAUGGUCAGCUCUUGCAUCCAUAGCUCUGAGAGUGGUUAUGUUUCUUCAGCCCCAUCCCUCAGGUUGUUUACUGAAACAGUGGAUAGGGAAACACUGUUGUUGUUUGAACUGCAGAUUGCCCCCUUUAAAAUGAACUGUAUUCAGAACAAAUGUUUAUGCGUUUACCCUAUCUAUCAUUCUACCAUUGUGUGUGGGCUUAUAAGUGCCUGUUGCAUACAUUUUGAAAUGCUAUUUUGUAAAAUAAAAUAAAUGUGUAUUAUUUUGUAAA